UUUCUUGUAAUCAUUGGACAAUAACAAUAUUUAUCACUAUGUUGCAUUUGUCCACUUUGUGCGAUGCACUUUUGAGGAACCAUUAACUAGGAAGCGUUCUUACCAGCGACGUUCUUAUCGGGACUAUUUGAAGAGAUGGACGAUCAAGGGUGUCCGAGAUGCAAGACAACGAAAUACAGGAAUCCUUCCCUGAAACUGAUGGUGAAUGUUUGUGGCCACACGCUAUGUGAGAGCUGUGUGGACAUGCUGUUUGUGCGCGGCUCGGGGAACUGUGUGCAGUGCGACACGCCCCUGAGGAAGAGUAACUUCCGUGUGCAGCUCUUUGAAGACCCUGCCGUCGACAAGGAGGUGGAGAUCCGUAAGAAGGUGCUCAAGAUUUACAACAAGAGAGACUUUGACUUCUCCAACUUGAGAGAAUACAAUGACUACUUGGAGCGAGUGGAGGAGAUCGUCUAUAACCUGACCAACAACCUAGAGGUGGAGGGGACCAAACAGAUCAUGGAGGCUUACCAGAGAGAGAAUAGAGACAUCAUUCAGAAGAACAAGGCCAAGCUGACUCGAGAGCAGGAGGAGUUGGAGGAGCUGCUGCUGUUGGAGCAGCAGGGGAAUGAGCAGCGCAGGCUGGAGACUCUGCAGGAAGAACAGAGACAGUUACAGGCCAAGAGGAAGAGCAAGCAGGCUCUACUGGAUGAACUGGAGCGCUCUCAUGUCCCCGCCACCAUCCUGCUGGCCCAACACAAGGACCGGGCCGCCCAGCUGGAGACCCAGAUUGAGAAGCAGAAACAGGUGGUCAAAACCACCAUCUUCUCCACCGGCAUCCCUAUGGGUCAGACUGUGUCGCUGCUGACCGUGAACCGGUUAGAAGAGGUUCUGUACCACUACCAGCCCAUCCACAUGCACACAUACGGACCCCCCGUCCCUGAGCUGGAGCAGCUGGGGCGACUCGGGUAUUUGAACCACGUGCGUACUGCCCAGCCCCAGGACAUGGCUGGAGGAUACAACUCAGGACUGGCGUGUCAUCGAGCCAUCCAGGAUGCCUUCAGUGGGCUCUUCCAUCCACUGGGUUGACUCCUCAAAAACAGAGAGGAGCUCAGAAAUAUGAGGCUGUCAAUACAAACUCUUGUCUAAGGACUCAAAUCACCACCCUGCUCUACAUUGGGGAGGGAGCCAUAGACCGCUAUGGAUGGUGGUCUAAAGUCAGACCAGUAUGUAUAUGUUGCUAUUUUUGUAUGAUCUUAUUUUCAUUUUUAUUAAAAUAAAUAUUUAAAAAACAAGCCA